UAAUGCCGUGAUAUCUCUACGACACGGGGUGGGGGGUAGCGGUGGUCCUUGGCCCUUUUCCUGCCCGUGGUCUCCUGCCUUCUGCUGCCGUCCCUGUCAGCAGCCCAGGGAUUAGCUUAAGCUUGAAACAUCAUUGCUUUGACUAGCUCGCUUCUGCAGGAUGCCACAGAAGAUCGGUUUUAUAGUUGUUAGUUCAUCAGGACACGAAGACGGCUUCAGCGCAAAAGAGCUGAUGGUUCAUGCACCGACCGUGAAUGGAUGGCGAUCACCCAGACUCUGUCAGUAUCCACAGGAAAUUGUUCUGCAGUUGGCGGAGAGGUGUCGAAUACGAAAACUGCAGUUGCUUGCUCACCAGUACAUGAUUUCAAGCAAAAUUGAGUUCUACAUCAGUGAAAGCUUGCCUGAAUACUUUGCUCCUUAUCAGUCAGAGAGAUUUCACAGACUAGGUUAUGUCCCUCUCUCGGACAAUGAAAAGACUGAUUUCAAAGCACGAGAGUUAAAAUCUGUGUAUAUGGAUGCAGUUGGCCAGUACCUGAAGCUGAUUUUCCAUAAAAAUUAUGUCAAUAAAUACAACUUAUACGGUCAGGUUGCCCUAGUAGCUAUAAACAUUAUUGGAGAUCCAGCAGACUACAGCAAUGACAGCAAUAAUACUCCUUCCAGAGAGAAGCUGAUAGACCACUACUUAGGAAUGAAAUCAGAUGACCCUGCCUUAGAUGGAACUUACCUUGGGAAGCCUGACUCCAUUUCACCUCUGGAUGAUUUGGCUUUUGACAUGUACCAGGAUCCAGAAGUUGCUCAGAUAAUACGUAGACUGGAUGAGAAGAAGCGUGAAGCUGUCCAUCAUGAACGCUAUGAUUACGCCAAGAAACUCAAACAAGCUAUCGCAGACUUGCAAAAGGUAGGGGAACGACUUGGUCGGUAUGAGGUAGAGAAGCGCUAUGCUGUAGAGAAAGAGGAUUAUGAUCUCGCUAAAAAGAAGAAACAGCAAAUGGAGGCGUACCGCCUGAAGGUGUAUCAGCAACUGGAGCUCCACGACCUUCUGGAUGCAGAGCUGAUGAUUCGAAAACCACCUGAAUUGCCUUUGGAGUCUAUGAUUUAUACUGACAAUCCUCAGCACACAAAACCUACAAAUUCACCUCCUUGUGAGCACACAGAACCGCAAAAAGGAGAGCCAUGGAGAGCAGAGUCUUUGCUGGAAGAGAAGUCAGCAGAUCCCUCUUCUGCUGAGCCUGUUGCUCCCCAUCAGUCCCCUCCUCCUCCUCAGUCUCAUCCUGCAACCGCCAGGGAAGUGUUUCCCAAAGAAAAUGUUGAAUUUUUACCUUAUGAUGAGAGACCUCUUCCAGCUACCUGCAAACAGCCUGAUGAAGCAAUUGCGUACCUUGAGCCGGAGAUGGCUGAAGGGGCUAUCGAUGAUACUCCAAGAAGUGGCAUUACUGGGGAACCAGAACCAUUAACUGAGAAGGCACUGAGGGAGGCCAGCCCUGCUAUUGAAGUUUUUGGAGAAGCUUUGGUUUCAGGAGCAUAUUCCAAAACUUGGUCGUAUCGAGAAGACGCAUUACUGGCUGUGUAUAAGAAGCUGAUAGAAAUGUCAGUAAAGACUCCAAAGGAUGAUUUAAGGAACAUGCUGAGGGCUGCCAUUUUUCUUGUAAGGAGAGCCAUCAAAGACAUAGUGUCUUCAGUUUUUCAAGCUUCCCUGAAACUCUUAAAAAUGAUCAUUACCCAAUAUAUACCAAAACAUCAACUAGGAAAACUAGAAACUUCUCAUUGUGUAGAAAAAACGCUUCCAAGUUUGCUUUCUAGAACAGGAGACUCUUCAUCCCGUCUUCGCCUUGUGGCUUCUAACUUCAUUCAGGAAAUAGCACUGUGUAGUGAAGUUAAACCUCUUCAGAUUGUUCCAGUUCAUUUGGUUCAACCAUUAAAACCAAACUCCCCAACACAUCUGGCGAUGAGUCAAGUGGAAUUAGUGGAGUGCCUCUUGAAAGACAUGGGAACUGAAAACUCUGGGUUUACCAUCAGCAAUGUCAUGAAGUUUGCAACGGGAGCUUUGGAACACAGAGUUUAUGAAGUUCGUGAUGUAGCGUUGCGGAUUAUCUUUGAUAUGUACAGGCAGCACAAGGCUGCUAUACUGGAAUAUCUUCCUCCAGAUGAUGCAAGCAUUCGCAAGACUGUUCUCUAUAAAACACUCUUUGAUGGAUUUACUAAAAUAGAUGGUAAACUUUCUGAAGCUGAAAUUAGGGCACAGAGAAAGGCAGCAACAGAAGAAGCAGAGAAACAGAAGAAGGAAGAAAUAAAAGUUCUGCAAGGUCAGCUGGCAGCUCUAAAGGAGAUAGAAGCAGAAGUUCAAGCUGGAAAGGAGAAAGAAUCUGAUUUUCAGAAGCCAAAGAAUCAAGGUUACCAGGUAAAUGAAAGCCCACAGCCUGCAGCAGCAGAGAUUCCAGAUGAUCAUGCCUCUGUUGCAAAUUACUUGGAUAACUUAUGUAUUUUUUGUGGUGAAAGGGACGAAUCCUUCACAGAGGAAGGAUUGGAUCUCCAUUACUGGAAACACUGCCCUAUGUUAACCAGAUGUGAGCACUGCAAACAGGUGGUGGAAAUAGCAAGCCUGACAGAGCACUUGUUGACUGAUUGUGAUAAAAAGGACAGCUUUGUGAAAUGUCAACGAUGCAGUGAGGCCCUUCCAAAAGAUGAGUUGCCCAAACAUAUUAAGAGCAAGACUUGCAAUUCUGCCAAACCAGAAAAUGUGGCAAACCAUUGCCCAUUGUGCCAUCACAACUUUUCCCCAGGAGAGGAGGCCUGGAAAUCUCACCUAAUGGGCAAAGAUGGCUGUAAAAUGAAUCAACGGAGGUUAUCCACAAUAAAUAAAACUCUUCUGUUGCAGCCUGGCAAAAUAGGUGGCCAGUAUUUAAGGAAGCCAGGUCCUUCAGGAGCAAAAGCUCGACCUCCCUCUAUAGGAAGCAAGAUCCCAACCCCAAGAGGGGGCCCAAAUAAAAGCACUGGCAAAACAUACUCAAAGCGAUGACAGGACAAUGACACAGGUUUCUACUUGAGCACCUGGUCCCUUAUGCAAGCAAAAUAACCAGUGAUUUUGCUCAGAGAUUAGCACAUGCAAUGGACCGCAGGCUCAUGAGCUGCUGCCUAGAGCAUUUUUUCCUUUUGGACAUAAAACUCUAAGCUUUCCGUUGUGCAAGUUUAAUGAAAAAACCCUGUUUGCAAAGGUCCUCCAUGUGUUCUGGAUUGGCCACUAUAGUAUGUAUACUGAAUUGGUAAAUAGAGCUCUCCGUUGCUCCUCAACCAUGGCUUUUUAACCCAGUCAAGCAAAGCGUAAUCAAAGUAAUCUGUUAAAUCCUGCAUGUAGCAGGAUGUGUGCUUUCUAUGUUAUAAUAUUAUGGGACAACCUUUUUAAACUUAUUUAAAAAAAAAAAAGGGGGGGGGGGAAGUUAAAUAAAAAACCAAACAAACCAAAAAACCAAAACCAAGACCCCACAAACAUUAUGAGUUAUAGCGAGGGUCAUAUUUCCGAGCGCUGACUGAUCGGAAUAGCCGAAAAGUUGGGAGCUAUGGGAAAACACUUUUACAGACCUUCUCUUUGGAGGCAUUUUCCCUUGGGUAGCACUUGUGUCUCACAUUUGUCACAUUUGUGUACGAGGAUGUUUUCCUGCUGCUCUGCUCUGCGCUCAGGCCGCCUGUCUCCCCCUGCGGUUGUUGGGGCCCCGGAGCGAGCACCGUAACUGCUUUUCUCUUUGCUCCAUUGUAGAGCGCAGUAAUUAUGCCUUUGGGACCUGUGCGAUAACUCUGCAGCUUUUUCACUGCAAGAAGUUGUCAUGUAGGAGAUUCCUGCCUCUUCCCUGUCCUUGCCACCCAGCUUACUCACCUAAGGAGCAGGAAUUAGGUAUGCGCAAGGGAAGCGCAUUUCAGAGCCUUUGUCAAACAUCUUUUAAAAGCCAAAUGCAUAGGGUUGGGCACACCACAUUGCGUCUUAGGGCUUUGUAAUUUUUUUUUUUUUUUUCAAAUCCAGAGUAGCUCUUUAGCAACAUUUAAAAGAAAUCAUUUCAACAUUUUAGUAGAGUGCAUGACAUUCACUGAGAAUCCUGGGCACUUCUGGACUAAAAAAAUGCACUUCUAAAGUGAGAUAUAAAGAUAGUAACUACUCAGUGGUACGAACUGGAAACAGAAGUGAGAAAACACAGAUUAUUUUUUUUAGGAUGUGAGAGGACCUUCUCUGAGCACAGUAGUACCACCACUGUAAUUUUUAAAGGAUGAUUUCACUGGGCUGCUUCCUUGCACUUAAUAAACAACCUGUGUUUUCUGCAGUGGCAAAAUAAACAGUGGUGUGAAAAACACA